AUGCCUAGUUUGGUGCAAAAGCCUUGGUCCUCCAAAGAUGUGACCAACAAUCCAACACCUUUACCAUUGGAUACACCAAGUUUGUCUGGUGCUUUGGGGAACGAAACUGAUCCUUUGGAAAUCAAAGAAGAGUGUGUUCAAUGUAAUGGUGGCAAAUCGUUAGAAGAUUGGGAUUCCUACAUCCCAAGUUUUACAAAAUUCAUGCACAAUCAUAGACUUCAUCAGGUGAUCUUACUAGGUACAAAGUGUUUUCUUGUAUCCCAGAAAUGCCGUCUAGAAAUCCCAAGUCAUCUUAGUGACGGGACUGAUGAAGAUCUAAGAAUUCUUCCUGCUCCAGAUCCACCUAUUGAACAAGAUGAUUCUAAUACAAUGUCAGUAGCAGUUGGAAAUGAUUUUGUUGAAGACACCAUAUUUUACCAACUUCAGGAUAUUAUAUCAAAGUUGGACAUCAAAAUAAGACUCUGUAUCAGAGAUAGUUUGAUCCGGUUGGCACAAAGUGCAACUCAAAGGCAUUAUGCUAGUGAUACUAACAGUACAAACAAAAGUAGUAGAGACGAACUUGAAGUUGAGGCAAGAGAAGAAAGCAACAAACAAAAUAGAUAUGUCAGGAUGCCAGAUGUUGAAACAGAAACGAAUCCCAUUGACAGAACCGUAGCCCAUUUACUUUUUCACAGUCCUGUGGAGCUAACCCACAACUAUUCUGACAAGCUUGAGUCACCUGUUUCUACUAAGGUGCAAUGUGAAAGCAAAGCAGGUAACCUGGUGAACUUUCCUUACCCGACAAGGACUCGAAAAACAAUAAACAACUUUCUCACCUUGGGCUGAAGAAUUCCUGGUUUGAUACCCAGUCUAUGGAUCAAAUUAGAAACAGUCCCUGCAUAGACACUUCUGAGAAUGCAUCCAAUACGCAGGAACUUGAAGCCUCUCAAUAAAGAAGAAAGAGGGCUCUCCAGAUAUUUGAAGCUUUUACAACAAGUUCGGGAAACUUAAACAGAAGCAAGUUCAGCAU